AUGGCAUGUCCGGACAGCAAUGACUCGCAUCUACCAAUGCGCCUAGAGGCCGAAGCCUUUUCGGAGCCGUCGAGAAGUCAUAAUGAUACCCAGGAAUAUCUUCUAGUACGCCAAUAUGACCUACCAUCCUAUGAUAGAGGAAUUGGCGGACAUGGUCAUGUGACUGCGCUAGUUAAAUCACGUGCAACUCGGAUUAAGAUAAAAAGCUUUUCACUUCACACAUUUUCUUCUUCUCUAACAAUCAUUUGUGUGUUGGAGACCUUGAGACUCCAAUCCUUUAAUGUCGAGGAUUGUUGA